CCCCUGGUGCACCUGAGGUUAGGGAGUAGGAUACGUCCCACGCUGAGAUCCGCUUGCACGAAAAGUUGGAGAAGUUUCCUUAAGUUUCGUCGCGGGUUGCAGUUGGCAAUGGAAGAGCUGGCGAGGGAGAGCAUCAGCCUGCUCGGCAAACCUGCGCUGGACUCGGGUGGCCACAGGUUAGGCUCCUUCGGCGCAAUUUUCAUCAUGCUGAAAUCAGCGCUCGGUGCGGGACUUCUCAACUUCCCUUGGGCUUUCGAGAGAGCCGGGGGAAUCCAUACUGCUGUGAUGGUUGAAAUGGUGUGCCUGGUGUUCCUCGUUAGUGGUCUUGUGAUCCUGGGAUACUCCAGCUCCAUCAGCGGCCAGAACACGUACCAGGCCGUAGUGCGGGGCGUGUGCGGGACAUCCAUCGGGAAGCUCUGCGAGGUCUGCUACAUCUUCAAUCUGUUCAUGAUCUCCAUCGCCUUCCUUGUUAUUGUGUCAGACCAGCUGCAGAAAUUAUGCGUGUCUAUCUAUGAGUUAAUCACUGGAUUACCUGAGGCGGACAUGCCUUAUCACUGGUACACGGACCAGCGCUUCACACUCUUCAUCCUGUGUCUCAUCAUCAUCCUCCCCCUCUCCAUCCCAAAAGAGAUCAGCAUUCAGAAGUACACGAGUGUUUUAGGGACCUUUGCUGCAACCUAUUUAACCGUGGCUAUGAUUGUCAAAUACCAUACGAUGCACGCCCAAGAAGUCCCUGUUACCCCUCUAUAUAGUAGUGGAAUAAGCUCCUGGGCUUCGAUGUUCAGCGUCAUCCCAACUAUUUGCUUUGGCUUUCAGUGUCAUGAGUCCUGCAUCGCUAUCUACAGCAGUAUGGAGAACAAGAAGAUGUCCAAUUGGGUGCUCAUCUCUGUGGUCUCCAUGAUCUUCUGCCUGGUCAUCUACUCUCUUACUGGUGUGUACGGGUACCUUACCUUUGGGAGUCGCGUGGCCCCAGACGUUCUGAUGUCGUACACGGGGGACGAUCUGCUCAUGAUUGUUGCCCGGCUUCUCUUUGGGAUUUCCAUCAUCACCAUCUAUCCCAUAGUGCUCUUGCUGGGAAGGUCUGUGAUUCAGGACCCUCUGCUGCAUUUCAGAAGCAAGUGCUCAAUAGUAACCAAAUCAUACGAGACGCGCACCCGCUUGGCACUGACCAUCACGUGGAUCGGAGUGACCCUGCUGGUAGCCGUGUUCGUCCCUGACAUCAGUAAAGUCAUCAGUCUAAUCGGAGGGGUCAGCGCAUUCUUUAUAUUCAUCUUUCCAGGUCUCUGUCUCAUAUUCGCUGUUCAGUCAGAACCUGUCUCGACCUACCUGAGGGUGAUUUUGACUGCAUGGGGUGUGAUCACUCUUCUUUGCGGCGCCUUCAUUUUUGGGCAGAGUACAUCUAUAGCCAUCAUGCAGGUCCUAAACAAACUCUAAUCCGCUUUGCUCGGUAUCUCUCGUCGUGCCCUCAGCCAGGAGUUUCAUGUAUUCACAGGGGGCAUCUGGAAGGGGGGGGGGGAUGUUUCUUUGAGGAAUGUUUACUGGAGUCAGGCUCACCCUCUUUGUACACAGCCCGUGAGUGGCAUCAAAACAGUGCUCCGUGCUUUCAGAGAAAUGCUAUGCAUCAGCCUUUAGAGGAAGAGGAGGAGGAAGAGAAGGAGCUGUGUGCAGUGGGUGGGGAAAUCAAAACAAAACGAGUUUCAAGUUUGUGUGUGUGUGUGUUGUGUGUUGUGUGUUGUGUGUGUGUGUGUGUGUGUCGUGUGUGUGUGUGUGUGUGUGUGUGUGUGUGUGUGUGCUGCACCAGGACGAGCAGUGAAUUUGCCUCCAAGUGGGAAACAUCUAAUAUUUAUUUCCCCUCAUUUAGAGUGGCUCAUGUUUUUUCAUUGGGAAUAAGGUUGAAGAAAAACACACACACAAGAGUUUGGUCAUGCUGUGGCAUGGCUUGUUCUAGAUUUCUCAUUACUUGAGGAGUGGUCCAUGGCCUGUUACUGAGGGUGUCUUGAAACUCAUGGGAGUUGGUACCAAAACCAACAGACACAAGGGGGGCAUAACUUAUUUUUGCUUUGAAUGUUAAAUGUUUUGUGUAGUGCUGUGUUCCUGUUGACCUGUUCCUGUUGCAAUGUUCUGUUUCUUUUUGUACAAUGAUCAGGCUGUUGGCUUGAAUAAAAAAAACUAAAAUGUUAA